UGUGAUUUCCCAAAUCCAUGUGGGUGGCUGAGAAUGCACCAUUCAUCAAAACCCCAACCACCAAUGCUCUAUGCUCUCUCGUCUAAGCUCCGGAGCCAUCAGCCAUGGCCUCCAUCUCCCUCCUCACUACUACUACUACUGCAUCACCUCUCUCCCGCCCAGUUCCCUCGCCACUAUGUUCUUCCAUGAGGAUUUCGCUUCCACUCCACCACCCCAAGAAGCUCCGCACGCGCUCAACACUUCACGCUUCUGCAGUUUCCGCACCGUCGCUAUCCAAGCCCGAUGAUCUCGUCAAUGCUCUUCUUUCUAAGGUUGUGCAAACAGAUAGAGGAGUUUUGUUGACCACAGAAGAGCAUGGAAAGGUGGCUGAGAUGGCUAGUGAUUUGGAGAGCUUCUGUGUUGAUGAACCUGUUAAGUGCCCUCUAAUAUUUGGAGAAUGGGAUGUAGUCUACUGCUCAAAUCCCACAUCACCAGGCGGUCUCUAUAGGAGUGCAGUUGGUCGCCUUUUCUUCAAAACCAAAGAAAUGAUUCAGGUUCUUGAAGCCCCUGACACCGUGAGAAACAAAGUCUCCUUCUCUCUUUUUGGAUUCCUUGAUGGAGAAGUUUCUUUGAAAGGGAAAUUGAAUGUUCUUGAUGAAAAAUGGAUUCAAGUGGUGUUUGAGUCGCCUGAAAUUAAGAUAGGCGGGUUAGAAACGCGAUAUGGUGGCGAGAGUGAAGUUAAACUGGAGAUCAUAUACAUAGAUGAGAAGAUGAGGCUGGGAAAGGGGUCUAGAGGUUCAUUAUUUGUUUUCCAGCGACGAGGUACCUUUUAAAUCUUCAUAUUGUACAAGUAAAACCGGCCUUGUGUGUAUAGUUCAACAAGCUAGCUUAUCCGAUCCAAGAAAAAUCAUUGUUUUCUUAUACAUUUUGUGGUGAUAGUUACAUGAACCUUUUUAAUGAUGUUCAAGUUUCUAAUAUGUUAAUGUUCAAA